AUGGCCACAUAUACUCCAGUUUUAUCGUUUUAUUCUCAAGAGACUCCUACAAUUGUAUUAGCAGACGCAUCGUCGAGGGUUAUUGGAGGGGUACUUCUCCAAGUUCAGGAAGAUGGCCGUAGAGCGCCCAUUUACUACGUUUCUCAAUUGCUAACCACCACCGAACAACGGUACUCACAAAUCGAGGAAGCGCUUACUAUGGUAGAAACUGAUCAUAAACCUUUGUUGUCAAUUAUCAAUAGUCAGAGCUUGGAUCAGUGCUCGCCCCGUUUGCAACGUCUGCGCCUUCGAAUGAUGCAGUAUUACUACAAUGUAGUAUAUGUGCCGGGGAAACAACAUGUCGUCGUAGUUACCUUAUCCCGUAGCCCAGUGGAAGUCGAGGUUCCAAACGAUACUGUUGAGGAGUACGAGUUUGGAGUCAAAAUAUCAUGGCCUGUUUCAGACGAAAUGAUGCAGCGUAUUAAGGAAGAGACAAGGCACGAUCCUCAGCUCUCAGCUCUUUUGCUCAUUGUGCAAUCGGAAUGGUCUUCGUACAAAGGACAGCUACCAGAGCUUAUAACACCAUUUGGGACAGUCGACACCUCCUAUCUCAGUCUAAAAGGGAUAUUCUCCAGAAAUGGAAUAUCGCGGAAAGUUGUCAUCGAUAACGGACCGCAGUUUGCCAAUGAACAAUUCCGCCAGUUCUCACGUCGUUACGGAUCUAAGCACACUACAUCGUCUCCACGGUACCCCCAAGGGAAUGGGCCAGCGGAACGCACGGUACAAACGGUUAAAGACAUUCUGAAGAAAACUGCGGUAACUCGGGACGAUCCACACCUGGCCUUACUGGCGUAUCAAACGACACCUCAUAGCAGCACAGGGAUCUCGCCACCUCGAUUGCUGUGCCGAUUGCGCAACACGCUACCGUCUGCUCCAGGCCAUCUUCAGCUUGAGACUCUAUCCAGAGAUGGUGUCGUGUCUCGAGACAUUCAAAGCAAAAUAGAUCAAACAUCAACUUACAACCGACAUCGAGGCGUUCGUACACUCCCACAGCUACUUCCAGGAGAUUAUGUUCUUGUAUGGAAUGCAGACCAGAAACAAUGGCGAACUCCAGGACAGGUCAAGAGGCAAAUGAAUGGAAGGUCAUACCAGGUGUUUCUACAAGGAGGAUCCCGGAUUGGUAAUCAGAAGGUAUCGUCAUCAGUUGAAAUUCCGUCGUCAUUCUGCUAA